UUUAGCACAAAAAAAAUGGAAGACGGCGAUGAAGUGGUGGAGCCUAUCGAGCCGGAAUCCGAAGACAUUGUGAAUCUCACAAAACGACUAGGAGUGGAUCUCGUGCUGGAAUCCAAUGAUGACUGGAAAAUCCAGGAAAUCGGAUUUGACGGUGUGGAGAGGUACCUGCAGCCCGAGACGUUCACUGAUCAUGUUGGAAAAUUGGCUCGGAAGGUGGAAUGGACGAAGCUAGUGGGCACAAAAUCGCCUUAUGAAAAUUCGAAGGUUGAUCCCGAAGAUGAACUCGAUGAUGAGAACGUCGCCAAAGGAGGCCUAAACGAAGAGCUCGUCACCCCAGAAGCCGGUCCGUGGAGCUCUGUAGCUAAAUAUCUGCAUGAAUCCCUAAAUCAGCUGAACAGCCUGCUCGACGUCAUCUCCGUUACAAAAUCCACAGAUUACAUGAAAGCACUGACAGUAUUGGAUCCAAUAACCGUCCAAGAGCCAACUCCAGAGACGAUAAGCACAAAUCGAGGAACUCAGUGGAUUUGGAAGCGGCGGGCUCUUCAGGAGGCGGUUCAGGUGCUCGAUAUGGCUCAGAAGCAGCGCCAGCGGGCCUCGUCGAAUUUGGGAUUGUCAGCCGAUUAUAUGGCUCAUUUACAGAGAACAAAGUUCUUCGAAGAACUCCGAGAAAUGCGUGAAAUCUGGCGAGUACGAAAAGUCGGCGACUACAUUUGCGGAGACCUAUCCUAUCACAUUUUCGGCUGGAAAUACGAUACUCCGGCGAUUUUCGACAUUUCCCGACGAUCUCUAAGCAAUAAUAUGGAAAAUUUGUCGAUUAUCGAAGUUUCGGUGCCCAAAGAUUUGGCUCGACGGUCGAUGCUCGCCGUCAGUAUUGUACAGGACGAUAUUCAAAGCGGAAAUGGUCUCUUUCGGGAUCCUAAAGACAAGAAAUAUACAUAUUCCUAUAGAGAAUCGGAUUCGGAGAAAGUUAAACUAUUGCACUGGAAGGAUUCGUUGAAAUGGGCACAGAAUACACUUUUACUCAGAGAUGUAUUCAAAACUAUUUGCACCGACGCCAUCAAGCUCCGCAACCGGCUCUCCAUUAUUCGUGAUAACGUACUUUUAAUCCAUCUUUUCGAUGAUUAUCUUCUUCGCUUCGAACUUCAAUGGUUUCCAUUUCAAACUGGAGAAAUUAAAGAAGAAGGAGAUAUCUAUUUGAAUCGUGUGCUCCGUGAAAUGAUUAUCGGAUUUGAGUGCACUAAAUUCAUUCGACCACAAUUUUUCUGCUCAAUGCCAGUUACUCAUUUGCCAGAAGCCCUGGAUUUGAGGGGUUGUGGUGGAUUUAAUACCGCUCAGAUCGAAGAGCGCGCCGUGCGAUCGCGUUCAAUUCUACAACGAAUGCUCGAUGUGGCUUCUCACCGGGCUCUCGUAACAAUGGUUUCCGACGUGGCGGAACGUGUAAGCCGUAUCAGUCUUGAUCCAACUGUACAGUAUAGAUGGUUGAAUUGUGGUCGAACUACGUCACGGAUGAUGUUUAAUAUGACUUCUAAGGAUUUUGAAAUGUAUAUUGGAACUAUUUCCAGUGUACGAAGCGUCUUUUUCGCGAAUAUAUCGUCGGAUGGUGUUGAAGUUGAGACGAAAGACGGUAUAAAAAUGAAGUGUCAACGGGAUCCGGCAAGAGUUAUGUACGCUUGUCAGUACGCUAUGUGCUGCUACUCGGUCACAAUGGUCUCAACAAUGUCACGUAACAAUAACUGGGUAACACCGUUCCAAACAAUGUGCGCCAACGUGUUCGCUCUCGACGAACGCGGAAAUCCGGCUCCAAACAUUGUACUGUGCAAUCAGGCGGCCACCCGCUCGAUUCUUUUCGUUUUUCACGUUGGAAUGGAGCCAGAAGUGUUUGUUCGACGAUUUAUUGUCAACGAGGAGACGAUGAAGCCAGAAGAGCACGAAUGGAAGAAGCUGUGCUAUUCGAGACUUCAUGGAGCAACGUUGUGCCGCAAAAUCGACGCGCUUCUCGUGUUUUUACGCGAUCAUUGAGGAUUUUUUUGUGCUGUGUGUAAUUUAAAUGGAUUUUGUGAUGAAAAAUCCCACGUUUAUGGCAAUUAAAGGAGCGUAUAGCCCUAAAUGAGCUCAAAUGAACGAAUUUUGUAAUAAAACUGCUCAAAAAUUUUAAAUUUUUUAAAAAUUGUUUUAUGGCGGUUCAAAAUUUUGAAAAAAUUACACUUAUUUUAGCUAAAAUCACGAAUUUUUCCGAGUCACAUCUGUCUCCGAAGUUGGCUUUUUUGGAAUUAUCGUCUUUUAUUACAUAUAUAUCGGUAAUUAAUCUAAUUUAAUGUCGUCGAUUAAGGUGCAUUUAAAACCGAUAGGUAACAGAGGUGGGCGGAUAUUUUCUAAUAAUGAAUUUAUCAAUAAGUAUUGAUGUAGUUAUUCUGGAAGAAAUGCAUCCGAACAAAAGAGUAACUAUUAAGCAACAUUUUAAUAUGAUAAAAUCUAGAAAAAUUCUACAAGUUUUCCUUACCGAGACCUUAAAACUUAUUAGCCGAGCAACAUCGGAUAUCGGAUAUUACGGAUUUUACGGAUAUUGGAUAAUGGACUUGCAUAUCGUUUAUACAGAAAACUUGUAGAAUUUUUCUAGGUUUUAUCAUAUUAAAAUGUUGCUUAAUAGUUACUCUUUUGUUCGGAUACAUUUCUUCCUGAAUAACUACAUCAAUACUUAUUGAUAAAUUCAUUAUUAGAAAAUAUCCGCCCACCUCUGUUACCUAUCGGUUUUAAAUACCUUAAUCGACGACAUUAAAUUAGAUUAAUUACCGAUAUAUAUGUAAUAAAAGACGAUAAUUCCAAAAAAGCCAACUUCGGAGACAGAUGUGACUCGGAAAAAUUCGUGAUUUUAGCUAAAAUAAGUGUAAUUUUUUCAAAAUUUUGAACCGCCAUAAAACAAUUUUUAAAAAAUUUAAAAUUUUUGAGCAGUUUUAUUACAAAAUUCGUUCAUUUGAGCUCAUUUUAGGCUUCUAUACGUUCAAAAUCGUCCGAACCGUUUUUCCAAUUUUUUGAAUUGAUCUCGAUUUAUCGCUCUAUUUAUCACUAAAUUGUGUACUUUUUUUUGUGUAUUUUUUAUAUUUAUUCAUUAUUCACCAUUAUCAUCAUUGUGACGCUUUUCAUUGAACAACAAAACAAGACAUUUUUCAAAUUAAUUAUCGUUU